UUCUCUCUCCACCUUGUUUACUCUGACGUCAUUCACAUGCGCCGCUCACAUGUUCGCAACCUGGAAGCGACUUCUUCAAGUGAGGUGAUGCUGGAGUCAGAAGAUACAGAGUAGAGCAGCAGACUGAAAUGGCCCAUAUUCACUCAGAUGUGUGUGAAAUGCAGCUGAAUGGAGUUUCUGAGGGGAUAGAUCUGCUUCAGAUAGACGUGGAGACUGAUGUGGUGGAAGACAGGCCAGGUAGAGAAGAUGCAUUUUCAAGGAAUGUGUUGAGGAAGCAGCGAAACUGGGAGAGGCAGCUGGCAGCGAAGAAAAGCAAGAGGAAAGAAGAGAAGCAGAGGAGGAAGCUCCACCGUGAGCAGGAGUCGGGUGCUAGAGCAGAUAAUCCUCAGUUUACCAAACGGGUCAUGAAAGCAAUCACCAAAGAGCGUUUAGCUGAGGCUCAGUCCACAGGGCUCAAACUCUGUGUCGACCUGAGUAUGACGGACAGCAUGUCGGACAAGGAGAUAAGUCGACUGGCUGGCCAGCUGAGGAGGCUGUACGGGUCGAACAAGAAGGCGGUGCGACCGUUUCACAUUUUCCUGACAGACCUGAGAGAAGACAGUCGUGUCUACAGAGAGUGCCUUCGAAUGAACGAUGGCUUCCUCAACUACAUGAUGGACAUAACAGAAGACAGCUGUCUGAACCUUUUUCCUCCUGAAACUAUCGUCUACCUCACACCAGAUGCUGAAGAAGCUUUAGAAACAGUAGAUGCUGACAAAGUGUAUGUCCUCGGGGGCCUUGUGGAUGAAAGCAUCCAGAAGAAGUUGAGUUUCUCGAGGGCCAGAGACCUGAGCGUUCAGACGGCGAGGCUGCCCAUAGAUGAGUACAUGGUGAAGAAAGACAACAUUAAGAACUUCCACUCAAAGAUCCUGGCUGUUAAUCAAGUGUUUGACAUCCUGGUGACUUUCUGCAACACUGGCAGCUGGACAGAAGCUCUGCAGGCGUGGUUCCCCCAGGGCAAGGGUUAUGUUGUUGCACAAGGCGACUCCCUACAGCUUCCUUUCUCUCCGACGCAAACGUAACACAUGGAUUGAUAUGGGUUAAUUUUCAUUUAUACUUCAAAUAGAACUCUUCGGGUCAUCUCAUUCCAUGUUAACAACAUGAUACGUUGAUACAAUGUGAUAAAUUCCUGGUUAUGGAGACAUAGCACACUGUUGUUUAACAUUUCUCUGUUUUGUUUACAUUAAAACCCACAAAACGUCAUAUUUUGACUUUGAAGGAAUUCAACAAAACAGGAACUUUCUCAGGGGUGUUUUUUGUGAGCUCAUUUGUUUUUAUUAUAGUUCACAAAUCCCUAAGGUUUUGUAAGUAAAAUGACAAAGCCAUAAAUGUCUUUACGAUAUCAAAUUACUUCUUUUGUUUUAGCUCGGUCUCCCUGCAGAGAAUGUAUUCUUGAGAUUUUGUACAUAAAAUCUUAAUACAAACAUA